AUGUCAUUUGUGAAAACCCUCUUUGGAGGGCUACCCGGAAGGGCUCAGUCUGUUGCUGCAUUUCACAAUGCAGUUGCUACAUCUGCACCUUUAGCUGCCCAGCAAACCUAUUCCGUACCUGUCUCGAUGUUGCGUCGUUUCCAGUCAACCUCGACCGAGAAGCCCGCAGACAGUGCAGACAUUAAACGUCUCAGUAUGCUUCGUAAUAUUGGUAUCUCUGCUCACAUCGAUUCUGGAAAGACCACCUGUACCGAACGUAUCUUGUUUUACACUGGCCGUAUUAAGGAAAUUCACGAUGUGCGUGGUCGUGAUGGUGUUGGAGCAAAGAUGGACUCAAUGGAAUUGGAAAGAGAAAAGGGAAUCACUAUCCAGUCGGCUGCUACUUAUGCUAGCUGGGGUGACUACAAUGUGAAUAUUAUUGAUACCCCAGGUCACGUUGACUUUACUAUUGAGGUCGAGCGUGCUUUGCGUGUGUUAGAUGGUGCUUGUUUGAUUCUUUGCUCUGUAUCUGGUGUCCAGUCCCAAACGAUUACUGUCGAUCGUCAGAUGCGCCGUUACAACGUCCCCCGUCUCUCGUUCAUCAACAAGAUGGACAGAGCCGGUGCCAACCCUUUCCGUAUUAUUGACCAAAUGAGACAAAAGCUCAAGUUGACUGCUGCUGCUGUCCAGAUCCCCAUCGGUACCGAGGACCAAUUCCGUGGUGUCGUUGAUCUGAUCCAGUGGAAGGCUCUGUACAACGAAGGCGACAAUGGUGAAAACUUGGUUUCCAAGGAUAUUCCUGCUGAUCUUAUUGAACUUGCUACCGAAAAACGUCAUGAACUUAUUGAACAAUUGGCUAAUGUGGACGACAACAUCGCUGACAUUUAUCUCAAUGAGGAAAUCCCCACCGCUGAACAAUUUAUUACUGCUAUCCGUACUGCUACCAUCAACCUCAAGUUCACUCCUGUUUUGAUGGGUUCUGCCUUCAAGAACACUGCUGUCCAGCCUUUAUUGAACGCCAUUGUCGAUUACUUGCCCAACCCUACCGAAGUCACCAACACUGCUCUUAACAUUGCUGACAACGAGAAGCCUGUCGAACUCACCCCUUAUUCCGGAAACCCCUUUGUCGGUCUUGCUUUCAAGCUCGAAGAAGGUCGUUAUGGCCAGCUGACUUACAUGCGCAUCUACCAGGGUGCUCUUAAGAAGGGCUCUUUCAUUACCAACGUUAAGACCGGCAAAAAGAUCAAGGUUCCUCGCCUUGUACGUAUGCAUGCUUCGGAUAUGGAAGAUGUCGAUGAACUCGGUGCUGGUGAGAUUGGUGCUAUGUUUGGUGUUGACUGUGCCAGUGGUGAUACCUUCACCGAUGGUACCGUCCAGGUCUCUCUCUCUUCCAUGUUUGUUCCCCAGCCCGUCAUUUCACUUUCUUUGAGCCCCAUUGGCAAGGAGAGCCCCAACUUCUCCAAGGCUCUCAACCGUUUCCAGAAAGAAGAUCCUACUUUCCGUGUCCAUGUUGACAAGGAGAGCAAGGAGACCAUUAUCUCUGGUAUGGGAGAACUCCAUCUCCAGAUCUACGUUGAGCGCAUGAAGCGUGAGUACAAUGUCGAAUGUUUGACCGGUAAGCCCCAGGUUGCCUUCCGUGAGACCAUCACCCAGGCUGCCAAGUUCAACUACACCCACAAGAAACAGUCCGGUGGUGCUGGUCAGUUCGGUCGUGUCAUGGGUGUUUUGGAGCCAAUGGAGCUUGAUGAGGAGACUGGCAAGGAUGUCGCCUUUGAAAACCGUGUGAUUGGUGGUAACAUUCCCACCAACUUUAUUCCCGCUUGCGAGAAGGGUUUCGUCGAUGCUCUUGAAAAGGGUCCUCUUAUUGGCCACCCCGUCAACGGUCUCCGCAUGGUACUCGAGGAUGGUGCUGCUCACGCUGUUGAUUCGAGUGAAUUGGCUUUCCGUAUCGCUACCAAGAAUGCCUUUAACGAGGCAUUUGCCAAGGCCAAGCCUACUAUUCUUGAACCCAUAAUGAACGUUGCCAUUACUGCUCCCACCGAGUUCCAGGGUGCUGUUAUUGGUGGUCUUAACAAGCGUAAGGGUACUGUUGUUGAUACCGAAAUCCAGGAAGACUACUUUAACGUAACUGCUGAUGUUCCUCUCAACGACAUGUUUGGUUACUCUACCGAGCUCCGUUCUGCUACUCAGGGUAAGGGUGAGUUCUCCAUGGAGUACAAGGAUCACCAGCCUGUCCAGACCCAUGUCCAGGAACAACUUAUCCAGGAGUACAAGAAGAAGGAGGCAGCAAAGAGCAAAUAGAUUGUUUAGACUUUGCUUUUUUCUUCUUCUUUUUCUUAUUCUUCUUUUCAUAUAUAUUCUGUUUUCUUUCUUUUUUUCUUUUCGGGAUGUUGCAAUAGAAUUCUUCCCUUCAUGUAUAGCUUAUCAUAAAAAUCAAAAUCAAAACCAAAAAUUAAAUAUUAAAAAUUACACUUAUAAUAAAAAUGAUAAA